ACGGCCUCUGAAGAUGCUGCCACUGAGGCGUCCGCGGGGUAGUCUUUCCAAACCUCCACUGUAGGUACCGGCUUGACCCCGACAAGAACCAAGGGAACGCGGAGUGUCCCAGAGAAGGGGGCAGGAGAACUAAGCAUGGAUGGCAGCCGGAGAGUCAGAGCAGCCUCUGUCCUUCCCAGAUACAAUCCACCAUGCCUAUUUACAGGACACUUGAGCACCAAGAGCAACGCUUUUUGCACUGAUUCCUCCUCUCUCAGACUAACCACUCUGCAGCUGGUCAAGAACCACAUGGCUGUUCACUAUAAUAAAAUCCUUUCAGCCAAAGCCGCAGUGGACUGCUCAGUUCCCAUAAGUGUGAGCACCAGCAUCAAAUACGCAGACCAACAACGAAGAGAGAAACUGAAGAAAGAAUUGGCACGAUAUGAAAAGGAGUUUAAAAUAAGUAAAUCCACAAUGCAGAACAAUUCCAAGAUGAAUUCCAGGUCCUUUUUAAACUCCCUACAGAAGCCCUCAGGGGAACCACAAGAUGAGGAUGUGUUAAUCAAAGAAAUGACAAGAUAUCCAUCAUUUUCAAAGUCACUCGUCCCUUCUUCAGUGAAUCUAAGUCUGCCUGAAUCUUACAAAAUCUUAAUGGAUGGCACCCUGAAGUAUCCCAGCACCUCCUCACCCAGCAUGGCUUAUACAGAGCCUGCACCCAGGAGCCCACGCUCUGGACAUGGCCGUGACAGGAGGCCAGGGAGUGCCUUCCCAAAUGGCCACCGGAUCCAGCUAGUUAUUUCCAAGACACCCAGUGGAGAUCUUCUGGAAAAACACUCAGACCUCUUUUCUAACAAGCAAUUGCCAUUCACACCACGCACUUUAAAAACAGAAGCGAAGUCCUUCCUGUCGCAGUACCGCUAUUACACACCUGCCAAAAGAAGGAAGGAUCUUCUAGAGCAGCGGAUGGAAGCCGAAACCCAGACUGAAAUCAGCAGCUUUAGCACUGAGUAUGGGGCAGCCAACACAAAGAACUCAAAGGAUGCAGAAGUGAACCUGAAGCAGGCAUCUAAUUAUAUGACAUAUGAUGCUGAAGACAAACUAUCUCUUUUAUCCUCACAAGAACAAAACUUAGACUGGGACAGGGUUAAAGAUGGGGCUCCGCAGCAGCCCUCACGAAGGCCAGACUGUGAGCUCUCUACACAGCUUUCUUCAGACAGUAAAAUCUUCUCUGAUGAAGAAGAGCUGCUGUACCUGAACUUCAUGGAAAAUGUGACAGAUGAAAUCUUGAAACUUGGUUUAUUUUCCAACAGGUUUUUAGAACGACUGUUUGAGCGACAUAUAAAUCAAAAUAAACAUCAUUUGGAGGAGGGGAAAAUGCGUUACCUGCUGCAUGGGCUGAAGGUUGACUUAGGCUGUAUAUCUGAGGAAAAGCCAGAAAAGCAAAAGAAAUUCAGAAUGUUGAAUCAACUUGAUUUUCAAAAGGCUCUGAUUUCAAAACAACAUGAACUCACAAAUGAUGAGGAUACAGUAAUGCAGCAUGAACGUCAGCAAUACCAGGAGGCCCUGGAGAUGCUGUCAUCUGUGCCGAAGGAUGAAAAGAUGUUCUCUCUUCCGGGUGAAUUUUUGAGGCCCAGCCAUAAAUCCAAGUAUUCAGAAAGUGUUAUAAUUCAACAGAUCAAUGAUGAAACAGAUCUUGAAGCCUCAACCUGGGAUGAAAACAAUCCAAGUAUUUCUGACAGUUUAAUAGAUCAGGAAACCUCUGUGGAUGUCAUUGAAGGUGACAGUGACUAUGAAAAGGCUGAGCCUUCCAGGGAACUCUGUUGUCUUAGCACAUCCUUGUUCCCUUCUGCUCAGUUCCCCAGAAUCAAAGGGGGCAGUAAUCAUGACAAGGAAUUAUCGACUCUAAAAAUCAUGGAAAUGAGCAUUGAAGACUAACCUUUGGAUUCUUCAUUAAUAAAUAUUCCAUGUGGCCAGUAACUCAAUUUUACUUUUCUUUUUUUCCUUUUUUUAAAUAUUAAGAUUUCUGUAUUUUCAAUGCUAUAAUAA